AUGGCGCGAGGGUUCCUCGGCCGCGGCCACAGCCUCGACAGGUUCCUGCCGGGGCGCCGGGUCAUGGCGUCCAGCCAAUCCUUCCCGUCCUCGCCGUCGCCGUCGUCCUCGGAGUGCAGCUGCAGCGGCAGGGGGAGCAUGGACGAGGAAGAAGUCGUUGCGUCGCCGCUGCCGCCGUUGCAGAAGCGGACGCUGUCGAGGAGCCACGGAUCCAGGGCGGCGUCAGGCCGGCGCCACUCCGAACUCCCGCCGAAGAACGUUGAAAUGCCCUCAGAGAUGGAUUUGAUGCAAGAGAGGUUCGCGAAGCUGUUGCUCGGGGAGGACAUGUCUGGAACGGGGCGAGGCGUCUCCUCCGCUCUUGCGCUCUCCAACUCCAUCACCAAUCUUGCAGCUUCUGUAUUCGGGGAGCAACGCCGCCUCGAGCCCAUGUCGGCGGACCGAAGAAUGCGAUGGAAGAAGGAGAUCGACUGGAUUCUGUCGGUCACCGAUCACAUCGUCGAGUUCGUUCCGUUGCAACACGAGUCCGAGGACGGUACCAUCAUGGAGGUGAUGGGCACGCAGCUGCGCAAGGACAUUCUCAUGAACCUCCCCGCCUUGCGAAAACUCGACGCCAUGCUCCUCGGGUAUCUUGACAACUUCAAAGACGAACAAGAGUUUUGGUAUGUGUCCAAAGACGCCGACGAGAGCGAGAAGGGCGAUUCACCGAGGAAUGGUGAGAAAUGGUGGAUCCCAACGGUAAGAGUCCCUCCUGAAGGUCUGUCUGACCAGUCCAGAAAGUGGCUUCAGCACCAGAAAGACCUCGUCGGGCAAGUGCUCAAGGCAGCCAUGGCCAUGAAUGCUGAUGUUCUUACAGAAAUGGAGAUCCCAGAGGAGUACAUUGAGUCUCUACCAAAGAAUGGGAGGGACAGUCUCGGAGACUCCAUAUACAGAACUAUCACCGAUGAUCAUUUUGAUCCCAACGAACUCUUGAAUUCCGUAGACUUGUCGACAGAAUACAUGAUCGUCGAUCUCAAGGACAAAAUCGAGGCCUCUGUUGUAAUCUGGCAGAGGAAGCUCUGCAAUAAGCUAUACUGGGGCCCCGGUAGCUUGGAGAAACGCGAGCAAUUUGAAGAGCGCGCAGAGACAGUCCUGCUCAUCCUCAAGCACAAGUUCCCUGGAACUGCCCAGUCAUCACUUGACAUAAGCAAGAUCCAAUACAACAAGGAUGUUGGGUUUGCCAUCUUGGAGAGCUACUCCAGGGCUCUUGAGAGCUUAGCAUUCGCGGUUCUAUCACGAAUAGAGGAUGUCCUAUACGCCGACAAUGUUGCUCGGGAUCCAAGGCGCUCGAAAUCAAAGAAGCGGUCCAGUCUAGACGACAUCCCCGAGUCUUUUGUCGUUGAUGACACAGAGGCCAGUUCAGCCAGGGCUGGUGAUUCUUUAAACUGGGACGAACUUGAGGACAGAAGCUUGGAUUGCGGCGGUGCAAAACUGAGGAAGGUUCCCCGUAUCGUUUCGAGGAAGCGUAUGCAUGUAGAGAAGAUCGAGUAGGUGUGUGAAGGUGGGUCAAGAAGCUUUUCUCAGAGGUAGAUGUACCUUUGAGAUAGGCAGUUUUGCGUGCAUGGAUGUGCUGCGUCAGGGAGCCAUCUGGUUAAGAGAGACGCCUGUAAAUAGCUCAGAGUAAGUGAGAU